AUGCCAGAACACAACACAACCCAAAACAUCAAAGCAGCAGUAUCAGUAGCUGAUAUCAUGAAGACCUCUCUCGGCCCCAAAGGUAUGGACAAAAUGCUCGUAUAAACCUCUAAAGCCCAGGAUAUAGAAGCAGGUGAUGGUACAACCUCAGUGGUAAUUCUGGCUGGCUCUCUUCUUGAAGGAGCUCUCUCUCUCCUAGAAUAUGGUAUCCAUCCUACCCUUAUCUCUGAAGGUUUCGCUCUUGCCUAAAGAAAAUCAAUUGAAAUAAUAAAUGAGUUAUCAAUACCUGUGGACCUCUAAGAUGAUGAAAAACUCCUCCAAUGCAUUAAGACCUCCUUAUAGUCUAAAAUCAUCUCUUAGAAUUCUCUAGAGUUAGCACCUAUAGCCCUUUAGGCCAUCAAAAACAUAGCCAAUCUAUAAACAGAUAAAAAUGUUGAUUUAAGCAAUAUCAAGAUUCACAAGAAGCUGGGAGGAACUCUAGACGAUAUAGAGCUCUACAAGGGAGUACUCUUUCCUGAUAAGCUUCCAAUGAACUCCUAAAAUCUUCCCUCUAAGAUCACCUCUCCAAAAAUAGCCGUCUUGCAAUUCUGUCUCUCCUCUCCUAAGACCAACAUGGAGAACAAUGUCAUCAUCUCAGACUACUCCCAAAUUGAUCAAAUCCUCAAAGAAGAAAGGCAAUAUAUUCUGAAGAUAAUUCGUCAGAUAGUUAAAGCAGGGAUCAAUAUAGUCAUCCUAUAGAAAUCUAUUCUCAGAGAUGCCAUCAAUGACUUAGCCCUCCACUACCUAAAUAAACAGAACAUACUAGUCAUAAAGGAUAUAGACAGGACAGAGAUUCCUUUCAUAUGUUAGUCCCUGGGUUGUCUUCCUAUAGCUCAUCCAGAUAACAUUUCCGUUGACAAGCUUAGCACUAAGGCCACAAUAGCCCAGACUAUUAUACUGUUAGAUGGCUCCAAAGGCUUCCAUAUCGAUGUCCUAAAUUCAACUAAUUCUAAUAUUCUGAUCAGAGGCUCUUCCAAUUUGAUCAUAGAUGAGGCGGAGUGAUCUCUCCAUGAUGCUCUCUGCGUAAUAAGAUGUCUAAUAAAGAACAGUGGAAUACUCCCUGGUGGAGGGGCAGUGGAAAUAGAACUCAGUCGGAAGCUGGAAGACUUCGCUCAGACUCAACCGGGAAACAUCGGUAGGAUUAUAGAGCAGUUUGCCCAAGCCAUGGAGGUGAUACCUUUCACUCUUGCUCAUAGCUGCGGAAUGAGUCCAAUAAAGACAGUGACUGAGAUGAGGAAUUUGCAUGCCAGAGGAUUCAAUAAGAGUGGGAUAAAGGUGAGGAAUGGAACAGUCAUAGAGAAUAUGAUAGAGUAGAAAAUAAUGCAGCCUUCUCUGGUCAACACUUCCUCCAUUGGACUGGCUACUGAGGUGACUAGAAUGAUACUGAAGAUAGAUGGGAUAAUAGAAUGUCGUUAA